UUGUACUUCCUCAUCGUCCUUUAAGUUACUCAAUAUUUUUUGACGGAAAGAAAGAAAGAAAGUUACCAUUUUUUUAAAAAGAAAAAUCACUUCUUUUUUCCCCUCAUCUUUUAAUAAUAAAAGAGUACCUCAAAUACCAUGCAAAUCACCAAACAUACUGCAAGUAAUAGUCAAUCUUCUCAACCCGAAUCACGUUUAGGGAAUGUGAAUAAGGAUGAGUUGGUGAGACUUGUUCUACAAACAUUGCAAGACCUAGACUAUCAUGGACCUGCAAUGAUGCUUGAGAAGGAGUCUGGUGUUACUUUGGAAUCUGACAAUGUUACUUCGUUUCGUCAAGCUAUCCUGACGGGAGAUUGGACAGCUGCAGAAGCGUUACUGCCAACCAUGGCACUAUCUAAAACUGAAGACCUUUCACAAGCUAUAUUUCUUAUCCGAGAGCAAAGAUUUCUAGAGCUCUUGGAAGAUAGAAAGACACUAAAUGCACUCUACAGCCUCCGGACUGAGCUGACACCUCUAGGCUUAAAUGUCGAUCGUAUUCAUGAACUUUCAAGUCUGAUUCUUUGUUCAACAGCAGAAGAUGUAAAGGCACAGGCACGAUGGGAUGGGGCAGGAGGAAAAUCAAGAGAACUAUUAUUGGUUGAGUUACAACGCUACAUUCUUCCUUCUUCGAUGAUCCCAAAAGAGCGUAUGUUGACACUUAUUGAUCAGGCCUUUCAAUGGCAGCGGAGAGGAUGUCUUUAUCACAAUGUUGCGGAAUCUGAUUAUUCCCUCUUCGAAGAUCAUGCGUGUGACAAAGAUCGUUUCCCUAAAUCCACCAUUCGCGUUCUCGAAGGACAUGCAGAUCAAGUAUGGCAUAUUGCGUUUUCUCAUAAUGGAAAAUAUUUGGCAUCAGUUUCUAAGGACAAAACCUGUACUAUUUGGGAUAUAAGCACAUUUGAAGUAAUUCAAGUACUAAGCGGGCAACCUGACAGCAGCUCUUAUUGUGAAUGGUCUCCGGAUGAUAAAAGACUUUUGAUUUGUGGAUGUGAUCAUGCAAUGAGGCUGUGGGAUCCAAUGACUGGUGACCUCAUCCAGAACUUCCUUGAACACGAAGAACAGGUUACAAGCUGUGCAUGGUUACCUGAUGGAAAACAUGUACUUUCUGCUGGUUGUGACAAAAAGAUAUGUUUGUGGAACCUUGAUGGUACACUUGUGAAUACAUGGAUAGUAGAACGUGUAUUGGAUAUGAAAUUAUCCGCAGAUGGGCGUCGGCUUGUAAUUGCUAGUUAUGAAAAUAACAUUUCGGUUUAUAAUUUUGACUACCCCAAUCUUUCUCCGUUCAGUAAAAUAAAGGAAAGCGGUGGAAUCACAUCCUUGACACUGACCAAGGAUUCCCGAUUUGCAUUAGUUAAUAUCAAGGAGCUCCAAGAGAUUCACUUGUGGAAUCUGGAAGACCAAACCUUGAAACACAAAUACGCCGGCCACAAGCAAGGAGAAUAUGUUAUUCGGUCUACAUUUGGUGGCCCUGACGAUUCAUUUGUACUGAGUGGAAGCGAAGAUAAUUGCGUUUAUGUCUGGAGCAGAGAGCACCAGGAAUUAUUAGAGGUCCUUUGUGGACACACAGAUACUGUGAACUGUGUAUCUUGGUAUUCACACACACAUACAAUGUUCGCGACCGGAAGCGACGAUGGAACUAUUCGAAUUUGGGGAAUCAAACCUCAAUUAUCCAAUUGCCCAGAUGACAAGGGCAAGGUUCGAGCAUAAUACAAAAUGAAAUGAACAAUGUAUACAUAUAUACAAAUCAAUGAAGACCCACAUAUACAGACAAGACAUUUUAGUCAAAGAGAAAGAUAUUAAGGAUAUUAAGUAAUUACAAAUCAUAAUAAAAGAGUUAUUAUUUCCUUCUU